AUGAAUUCAGUUGAAAAUUUCCAAGGAAUUCCAACGAACGAGAUCAAAGUAAAGGCUCAGGCUGGACUGGCGAGGUAUGUUCAGUACGCCAUCAAGAUGUUCAGGAACAACCAGAAGACUCUUAUCUUGAAGGGAGCAGGAACAGCCACGAGCAAGGUCCUUCAUCUUACUGAAAUCUUGAAGAGGAGGAUUGGUGACCUGCAUCAGACCAAUCACAUCUACUCUGUUGAAGUUGACGACAAGAGAGAAGGGCAAGGCAGAGGAGGAAAGAGAAGGAUGUCAGUCUUUGAAACAGUCCUCUCAAUUGAGCCUCUUGAUAAAGAAAAUAUAGGCUAUCAAGAUCCUAUCCCAAGAGAAGAGAGACCCUUCAAUGUGAACCCUCAGAGAUUUCCAAGAAACAAUUACAGAAGAGGGUAUUAUGGCAAUAAUCGCCUAAGAUAUGGAAGUUAUUGGCCAAGAUAUGAACGUCCAAGGGAUUAUGAUGACUUCUAUGAUGAAGGUCCAAACUUCAAUCCAAGAAGAGGAUUCAGAGGAAGAAGAUUUGGUAAUCGCUAUGGCAGUGCUUACAAGCCGAGAAGAUACCAAAAUCAGUGGGUGCAGGACAGAAGAUCAAGAUUUGAUGCUAUGAGCCAGGGUCCACCUCAAAGAUUUGGAAGAAGAUCCGAUAGCUUAGGCUCCUUCUACUCAAAUGAUAAUGGCUACCAAAGAAGAGGAUUCUCUGCCAGAAAGAGAUGGAGAAAUGAUAAGUGGACUCCUGCAGCAAUGAACUACAGAACUCCUGAAUCUCAUGGCAAAGCCUCUAGCAGAAUGUCCAAUCAUCAGGACUAGAUCUUCUUCUU